AUGAGUGUCUGCCUUCUCUCUAGGAGAAUGGACACUUACAUCUCUAUAGCUGACCCUUCUGUCUUGCUCUGCUUGAGUAUGACUGCAGCAUUUGGAAUAAUCACCUUUUACAAAACCAAGAAGAACCAGGUGGAGAAAAAGUGUAUAUUUGCCCGUGGUCUCCUCCUGCUGCUUUUAUUGGGAAUACUCUGUUUUGCCACGCUGAAAAGUUAUGUAGGCUUAAUCCUGUUCUCCAUGGCAUGUCUCAUCUGUUACAUUUACUUAUCAGUUCAAACAAUGUUACCUGUGGACAACAAAGCUGUAUUGAUCACAGUUUCAGUUGCCCAGAAAGCACUGGAGUCAAACUUUAUCAUGGUUUAUAUUGCUCCUGUAGGAGGCAUUCCGUUGACAAGGUUUGCCGCAUAUGGUGCAUCAAAAGCAGCUCUGUCCAUGUUUUCUGGAGUAAUGAGGCAGGAGCUUGCCAAAUGGGGAAUUAAAGUUGCUGCAGUUCAUCCAGGAGGCUUCAGAACAUGCAUACAAGGUACAUCUGAGCUGUGGGCUAAGCAAGAAAAGCAUCUUCUGGAGAAUCUCACACCAGACGUGAAGAAAGAUUAUGGUGAAGACUACAUUGAAGCACUGAAAAAUUUCCUCCUGCACAUGCCAGUUCAUUGUGCUUCUGACCUCUCUCCAGUACUAGAUGAUGUUCUCCAUGCUUUAUCGGCAAAGAGUCCACAUGGUUUAUACACUCCAGGCAAAAGUUCUUACCUAGCUCUAUGUAUCUUUUGCUAUUUUCCUCUCUGGCUUUACGAUUUGUUCAUUGGUAAGAUGCAAAGUAACAAAAGUGUACCCAGCGCUUUAAGGGCAUCGGAGGCCAAAAACAAGAACACGUAAGCAGAGUAUGGAAUUCCGUCAGCAUUUUAAAUUACACCGGGAGAACAGGGCAAGGUUUUGUGUGAAGACACCGUUUGCUACAUUGCAAUUUAUUGGGGCCCUUUGCUCGUCAAAUUGCAUUCCAGCUGCUGGGCAAUUGGGGCUGAGGUUAAUCUUGAAGCUUUGUGUAUUUUAGGCCUUGUCUACACUACGGGGGGAGAUUGAUCUAAAUUAUGCAACUUCAGCUAUGUGAAUAA